GUCAGCGAUCAGUUGUAUUACAGCACUCAUAGCUGAGAGUAGCGUUGCGCGUUGAAACAUUCGAGUAAUCCAAGGGCAGUUUAUUCGUCGUGUGUAAAUCGCUUAUUAACAACCAUUAAAAUAUUGGACACCCAUCAACCAAGCGGCAAAAUACAGUGAACACAAUACAGCCUCUGACUCAAAAAGGAACCAGAAGUAGGCGAAGUAGUCCCAAAAGUCCUAUUAUGCUGUUCCGACUAUCGGUGGUUUCGGUGCUUGUUGUGGCUUUGGCCACCGCCGUUAAUUGUAAGGUGAUUGGAGGACCCAUCAGUUCGCAGCAGGUGGAUGACUUGGGCGCCAAUGUGAACUCCCCGAAACAGCUGAUCGUGGGAGGAAGUGGAACGGAGACUAGUACGCCAGAUUUUGUACGCCUGGUUGUGAUGCGAUUGAUUUACGGUCUGGCCACAAGCAUGGGCGUAGAAGAUCGCCUGGACAAUUUAUUUAACGGUGCUUUUGUACCGCCCAAUGCUGACAGCGGUUUCUUUGGCUUCGGGGGCUUCGGUGGUGGAGGUGGGGACGACUCUGGCCUCGGGGGUUUAAUAGGUCUCGCGGACCUGGAGGGUAUCCUGGAAGGUGAUGAACUAUUUGACGAUGGUGGUCUGUAACACACGCCACAAAAGUUGUGUAGCCCAAACAGACACAAGCACAAGCAACUAUUUAUUUAUUUAUUUUUAAUUUAUUGAUGUUAAUAUAGUUUUAAUAAAGUCAUAUUUAAA